AUGGGCUGUGGUUAAUCAUCUGCUUCAUUUUUUGAGUCCAGAGGUUUGAUUUACAUUUAUUAUGGUACUACAUCGGGAAACUCGAGUAGACUGGCAUUCUAAUUUGCAAGUUAAACAAGAAAACUGAACUUUCUCCCAAAGGGUAAGGAUGUUAUCUAAAAUUUAGUAAUUAAUCUAAGUGAAUUUGAACCUGAUUAAAUAAGUUCUUAGAAGCUGGCUGUGUUUUUUGUCUCCACAUAUGGUGUUGGAUCGAGCUCCUCAGAUGCUUAGAAGUUUAAUUCUUGGAUUUUUUCAAAAGAGAGAAAAAAUGAUGAAUUCAAGAGCAUGUCUUACAUAGUAUUUGCUCUUGGGAAUACUAAUCAUGAAAAUUAUUGUUAAUUUGGGAUUAAACUAGACAAGAGAUUAGAGGAACUUGGAGGGAAAAGGCUCUUUGCUUUAGGAAAAGGAAAUGCAGCUGAAAAUACAACUGAAAAUGAUUAUCAAAAUUGGAUAAGUACAGGAGUAGAAGAAACUCUUAUCAAAACAUAUCCUGCAUAGACAUGUGAUCCGAAAAAGUUUGAAUAAUCAAUUUAAUAGAUCAAAUACACCAAUGAACCAGAAAAUGAAAAUCUUGAAAAUUUGGAUUAUUAGGCAUAAAAAUAUAAAUCUAGCAUUACUUUCACUAUAAAUGAAAUAAGAGAACUAAAGAAGAAACCAACCCUGGGAAAUUCCACUCUAUUUAUAGACCUUGUUGCUGAUAAUGUUAACUAUGUAACAGCUAGUAACAUUGCCAUUUAUCCAUAGAAUUCAGACCAAGAUAUCAAUGAAUUAUGCAAUUAACUGAGAUUUGAUAAAAAUAUGAAAUUUGAAGUAAUUACAACUAUGAAGCAUCCAUUUCCUAAUCCAAUUUCAAUCUAUAACUAUUUAAAAAAGUAUUGUGAUUUUACUGGUUUGAUCACAAAAAAACAAUUAAUGGAGUUAUCGAACUAAGUUGUCAACAAAUAACAUAAAGAAGAGCUAUUGAAAGCUGCUUCUUUUGAAGGUAGAGAGUUCUAUGAUGAAAAUUUUACUAAAAAGAGAGAAAGUUUAUUAACUGUUAUAAAAAAAUACAAUAUACGCAAUUUAUCCAUUGAGUAAUUACUAGAAAUCUGUCCUUCAAUGAAUCCUAGAUUUUCCACUAUUGCAUCUAGUAAUAUGAAACAUCCAAAAAACAUUCAUAUUUUAGCAAGUCAACUUAUUUUAUAUGAAAAAAGACUUGGACUUUGCAGUUAAUAUUUUUCAAGUUUAAAAAAAGGGUCUUUGUUAAAAGGGUAUCUUUAAGAUUCUAAAUUUGCUUUCCCAAAAAAUCCCAAAGCACCAGUACUAUUAAUAGGACCAGGAGCAGGAUUGGCACCAAUGAGAGCAUUGAUUUAAGAAAGAGAUUAUCAUUUGGAAUCCAAUAAUUUAGAAAAAUCUCCUUUAUAAGGAAAUAUGGAAUUAUUAUUUGGAUGCAGAACUGAAGAUGAAUACUUUUCUGAAGAAGAACUGAAGCAUUACGAGAAGAAUGGUACUUUGAGUAAUUUGAAAGUUGCCUUUUCAAGGAAGGCUGUAAAAUAAUAUGUGACAGAUAUCAUGGAUUUAAACUAAAUACAUUCUCACUUAUAAAUGGAAGGAAUCAUAUAUAUAUGUGGAUCCGCAUAAAUGGGUAGAGAUAUUACAAACAAGAUACAGGAUAUGUAUAAACAGAUCGAAAAUAUUGCACCUUAUUUGGCAUUUAAAAAAAUUAGUGAGUUGGAACAGAAGCAAUAGCUAAUUACAGAACUAUGGGGAUGA